ACUUUUUAUAAACUACAAGGUGGAUUUAUGUAAUUAUCUUUUUAAUUCCUAAGCCGUGAGAAUCAAGCAAAAAUUUCCAUGGUUUCGUCACGUGAAAACCCCCAAAAUCAUUUCAUCACCGAAAACGUUACAUUUGGCAGGGUUUAUUACAGGGGUUUAUUUCAAUACGCAAUCUCUAGAAAGAAUCUACAGAUUUCGGAGCAAUUGAGGUGGAGAAAGAUGGUGGAAGCUCUUGACCUUUUUUUGAAGAUUGGGUUAGAUAAGCGCACUGCAGAGAACACCAUCGCCAACAAUAAAGUCACCACGAACCUUGUCGCUGUGAUUAACGAGGCAGCUGUUACUGAUGGAUGCGAACGGUCUACUGGCAAUCUUCUUUAUACAGUUGCUACAAAAUUUCCUGCCAAUGCCCUUGUGCAUCGUCCCAAGCUGCUGGAAUACAUUGUUUCUUCCAAGAUAAAGACUCCUGCCCAGGUAGAAGCUGCAUUUGCAUUUCUUACAGUCACUGGUUCAGAGGAUCUUGAAAUUAGUAAAUUUGAGGAAGCUUGUGGAGUUGGGGUUGAGGUCUCUCUUGAAGAUAUAGAAAAAACAGUUGAUGAAAUCUUUGAAGAGAAAAAGAGUGCAAUAUUGGAGCAACGGUAUCGAACAAAUGUCGGUGAUCUGUUUGCUCAUGUCAGAAAGAAGCAGCCUUGGGCAGAUCCAAAGAUUGUUAAGAACCUUAUAGAUUCAAAGCUAUAUGCUUUACUUGGUGAAAAGACUGCAGCAGAUAAUGAGAAGCCUGUAAAAAAGAAGAAAGAGAAGUCUGUUAAAGUAGAGGUCAAAAGUACCCCUGAAGAAACUCCUCAACAGACACCAUCUGAAGAAGAACUCAAUCCUUAUUUAAUAUUCCCUUCACCCGAGGAGAAUUAUAAGGUGCAUACAGAAGUAUUUUUCAGUGAUAGACCUGUGCUCAGAGCAUGCAAUUCCAAAGCAUUAUUAGAAAAACAUUUAAAGACAACAGGAGGAAAAGUUCUUACCCGUUUUCCACCAGAACCAAAUGGGUACCUACAUAUAGGUCAUGCAAAGGCUAUGUUUGUUGACUUUGGUCUUGCAAAAGAGAGAGAGGGUGGCUGCUACUUGAGGUAUGAUGAUACAAAUCCUGAAGCUGAGAAAAAAGAAUACAUCGAUCAUAUUGAAGAAAUUGUAGGAUGGAUGGGGUGGAAACCUUUCAAGAUCACAUACACGAGUGAUUAUUUUCAAGAACUGUAUGAUUUAGCAGUGGAGCUCAUCCGCAGGGGACAUGCCUAUGUGGAUCACCAGAGUGGUGAUGAAAUAAAAGAGUACAGAGAAAAAAAGAUGAAUAGUCCAUGGAGGGAUAGGCCCAUUUCAGAAUCACUUAAACUCUUUAAUGAUAUGAAAUGUGGGUUGAUUGAAGAAGGAAAAGCUACACUUAGAAUGAAACAAGAUAUGCAGAGUGACAAUUUUAAUAUGUAUGACCUCAUUGCGUAUCGAAUCAAGUUUACACCUCAUCCACAUGCGGGAGACAAGUGGUGUAUUUACCCAAGUUAUGAUUAUGCACAUUGCAUUGUGGAUUCUCUUGAAAAUAUCACACAUUCACUUUGCACACUUGAAUUUGAGACACGUCGUGCUUCAUACUACUGGUUACUAGACGCCCUAAGCCUUUACCAGCCUUACGUAUGGGAAUAUUCACGUUUGAAUAUAACCAACACAGUAAUGUCAAAACGCAAGUUGAAUCGGCUUGUGACUGAAAAUUAUGUUGAUGGAUGGGACGACCCUCGGUUAAUGACACUAGCUGGAUUGAGGCGAAGAGGUGUGACUUCAACUGCAAUAAAUGGUUUUGUUAGAGGAAUUGGGAUUACAAGAAGUGAUGGUAGUAUGAUACGUUUGGAACGCCUCGAGUAUCAUGUACGUGAAGAGUUAAAUAAAACAGCUUCGCGUACAAUGGUCGUCCUGCAUCCACUAAAGGUUGUUAUUACGAAUCUUGAGGGGAGUUUAGUAACAGAACUUGAUGCAAAGAAAUGGCCAGAUGCACCAGGGGAUAAUCCAUCUUCUUACUACAAGGUACCCUUUUCGAAAGUUGUUUAUAUCGAGCAAUCUGACUUUCGAAUGAAGGAUUCAAAAGACUAUUAUGGGCUUGCUCCUGGAAAGACUGUUCUACUCAGAUAUGCAUACCCCAUCAAGUGUAUGGAAGUAAUACUUUCUGAAGACAAACAGACUGUUGUUGAAGUACACGUUGAAUAUGAUCCAGACAAAAAGACAAAACCAAAGGGUGUUCUUCAUUGGGUUGCAGAGCCUUCUCCUGGAGUUGAUCCAUUAAAAGUGGAAGUCAGACUUUUUGACAAACUCUUUCUUUCUGAGAAUCCUGGAGAACUUGACAAGUGGCUUGAUGAUUUAAACCCGGAUUCCAAAGUGGUGAUACCAUGCGCAUAUGCUGUACCAUCUCUCAAACAUGCAGAAGUAGACGACAAAUUUCAGUUCGAAAGACUUGGUUAUUUUGUGGCUGAUAAGGAUUCAACACCGGAAAAGCUCAUUUUUAACCGGACGGUUACAUUGCGCGACAGCUAUGGAAAAGCUUGGAAGUAGUUGACUUUGUUACAGCUAAAUUUAUAAAAAUAGUUUUUUUUUUUUUAAAAAAAAAUCAUCUUUUUAAUGUAACUUUUUGAUGCUUAUGUUUAAAAUGGUGUCUUGUUAGUUGUUACUUGUUUACUAAAUUAGUAGUGAUGAUUGGUUUAUGUUCUCUAAAGUUGGUAAUAGUGAUCGAUCCACCUCUCUGUAAAGAACUUGCAAGAUUCAUAGACAUUUUGAAUCAUAGUUUUAUGAAUCGUAUUAUUUUGGAAAGUAGC